AUGUCCUGGGUCUUUCGCCUCGAUUUACCCUUCCCCAUCGUCGCCCUUCUCUACUUGCUGGCCUCGGGAAUCGGGCCUGACACUGAAGCCAUCAGAUCUCCUCCGCCACCCAAGAAGCAAAAACAGUCCUUGACCACCGCGUCGUCCAAUACACCCUCCAAGGACGCACCAGCGGGCCAUGCACAGCUGGCACCCAAACAACCAAAUGCAGAGCUCCUCCCACCACCCACUUCGACCCCCAAUCCUCGCAAGCGGCGAGCAUCACACAGUCCGAAGCUGAACACGCUUCCUCCAGGCACAUCGUUACCAGCCGACUCGACUGCAACACCGGGGUCUAUGCCGUCUCUGGUCGGAGAGGAAUCGGGCAAGAAACGCGGGCGCACCAACACUCCCUGGUCACCCCAGGAGGAGCUGAGACUGAAGCAAAUGCGAGAUGCCGGUCAUAGUUGGAGUGAGAUCGCAAAAGCUUUCCCUGCCCGCACCGAAGGCAGUGUUAAGAAACACUGGUACAAGGAUAUGCACUACGCAGAGUUUGCCGAGGACGAGUCGGUGGCUCUUCGCGAAGCUAUCAAAGAAUACGAGGCAAACAAGUGGAAGGCCAUUGGCCAGAAGUUGGGAAAGCCGGCCAAGGCCUGCGAACAGUAUGCCAGAGAACACUUCAAGAAUGGUUGA